AUGUCGGAACAUACAGUCAAUGACGUAGACAUAGGGCCUGGAGCAUCUUUGAAACCACCUUCUAUUAAUGAAUGCUUUAUGCCUAAUGAACAGUCUAGCGAUAUAGCAAUUGCAUCAGAUGCUGCAAAGCAAACCAUGGAAGAUAGAACAUUUUCAAAUGAAACUACUAUUAUUGUUGAUGAACAACAGCCUCUCUUAACAGCACAAAGCAGCAGUCAGCAGCACAAUAAUAGUGGUCGGCCUCAAGUGCAAGAAAGAUAUUGUUGUCCUAUUCCAUAUUGUCUACCUUUUGCUUUAAUGUGCUGUCUCAAUACUAUAUACUUCAUCACUGUAGUUGUUGGCUGUAUUCAUUAUGACACAUUUCAUAUUCCCCACGAACAUCCAUAUUACAAAUUUACAUCAAUAUGUAUUUUCGAAACGUGCUUUAGAAUACCAACCAUGUUAAUAUGGCUUGUAAGUGGUCGGAUAUCUCUCGAUACAAUCGUUGACGACUUUGGAUUCUUUUUUGGCGGGUUUGAAUACGUAAUACUGUGUAUCCAGAAACAUUAUAAUGAUGACAACAGCGAGAAGUAUCACCUUAUGACAUUUCUAGUAUUUUAUCUUUGGUGUGGUAUACAUUGUGCUGCUUCUAUAUUUUUUAACCCAGUGCAGCUCACUCAUAUUCUAAUUGCAGCAAAAGAGAGAGGUGAUGCAUUGGCCUAUGGGCUUGCUAUUCCCUUAUUUUUAUCAUGUAAGAGUUACUGGUAG